UAGGAAGUAAACCAAUGACGACCAAUAUUACAAUUGCGUAUAUGUUUUGGGUAGAUAAGUGCAAUCGGAACAUAAAUUCGUGAAGGAUAUCGCCCAACACUAAUUGAUGUAACCUCUUCCAAGAAAGUCAGAAUGGAUCUUUAGUGUAGCUGAAGUAGCACUGCUGUAAGCAUUAGCCAAGCAUGGGAGAACCUAUGGACUAUGAUACCCUCCAAGACUGGAAGUGUGACACAUGUACUCUCAUCAAUGAUAUCAACACCAUUGAGUGUUCAGCUUGUGGAACAUCUUUUUCUAACUCAGCCAAUGGGGAAGACCAGCCCACGGAAAAAUCCAAUUCGAACGGAGUGGCAGCAUCUGGCAAGAGAGACUCCAGAAUAUCCUCAACUUCAGAUGAUGUCUUUGAAGAUGGGGAACGGGCGACCAAGGAGAAAAAACCUUUGAAACAGAAAAAUUCCAAGGAUGGAAAAAAAUCUACAAGCUCAUCGACAGGGUCUGUUUCCUCCUCUCCAAUCACAAGACCGAAAAUGAAACUUGACAUCCAAAAUCAGGAGCGGGAAAGCAUUUUGGUUGGUGAAGAAAAUCAGUCUCAGGUAAACGGAGCGUCCGGUGGGAAACAAAAUGGCGACAAGGAGUGGAGUUGUAGUAAGUGCACAUUGUUGAACGGUGCUCCUGAUAAAAGAUGUAGCAUGUGUGGAGCUCCACGAGUAUCUCGAGUCCCGACCUCAGUCCCAGACGUCAUUGACCUCACAGACUUUGUGCCGUCUGCUCCUCGAGGUGAGCCAGACGGCGAGGAAGUGAUGAAAGCAAAUAGUAAGACUGCACCGGUGACAACUACCCCCAAACCAAGUGGAUCUAAACAGGUUAUAAAACCAUCUACAAGUGGACAGCUUGACGCAGGUAGUGAGUGGACUUGUAGGCGAUGCAGCUUUUCAUUCAACCCUUCCUGGGCCAAGCAGUGCGAUCAUUGCAGUUGCCCAAGAGAUCAAACCGACACAGCUCCAAAGACUCCUAUAGAAUUUAAACAAGAUUCAGUGAGAUAUUUUCACCGAUCUCCCCGUGGGCCUCUCUCACCAGAGCCAGGUCCGUCCCCGAGUUUGGGCACAGAGGUGUGGUCGUGCACGCGGUGCACGUACGACAAUACAGACCAGCAUCAUGUGUGUUUCAUGUGUGGGUGUGCCAAAACUGCUGGACACAACAGUAAAUCUAAAUGGCAGUGUCCGCAGUGUACUCUACUGAACAGCAAUGAGUUGGCGGAGUGUGGGGCUUGUGGGCAUGCUCAACAUGAACAUGGGUCGAGCAGACGCGAAGGGGGAGUUGGGGAGGGGCUGACUCCCACAAACUGGCAGUGUUCCAUGUGCACAUAUCGGAACGAUGCCACUGCUGUGAAGUGUAAUAUGUGUAAGUCGGCAAGAAAUAAACGUUCCAAGGCUCUUGUUCCUGCUGGUCCAGGAACACUGAUGAGACAGGAAAGCUCCUUGAUGGAAGAAAUGAGGAAAUCGGAAGAACAUGAGGCUCUGGAACUAUGGGAAACUAUAGUUCUAUUCUGCAAGCAGAACAAGACGCCGUUUGUGGAUGACUCCUUUCUCCCUGCCCCAAAGUCUCUGUAUAUUGAACCUCCCAAACCUUCAGCUAAUAUGGAGAUUCAGUGGCUGCGUCCGGACAAAAUUGCACCGUCUAGCAGAGCUGAGAUGAAGCAACCCUGGGUGGUUUACAGGACUCCGAUGCCCGAGGACAUCUCCCAGGGAAUUCUGGGAAAUUGCUGGUUUUUGAGUUCCCUGGCUGUGCUGGCUGAGAGACCCGAGCUUGUGGAGAAGAUCAUUCUGACGAAGAAGUACUGUGAGGAGGGGGUGUAUCAGGUGCGCCUGUGUAAGGACGGGACUUGGCAGAUUGUCCUCAUCGAUGAUCUGCUUCCCUGCAAUAUGCACGGCAUGCUCAUCUACUCUCAGGCCAAGAGAAGACAACUCUGGGUUCCUCUUAUCGAGAAGGCAAUGGCCAAGUUACAUGGCAGCUAUGAGGCCAUGGUUGCGGGGAAGUGUAUCGAGGGACUAGCCACACUCACAGGGGCACCUUGCGAGAGUAUAUGUCUGCAGCCAAACCCCAUACGGAACAAGCUGGUGGAGCCGGACCUUAUCUGGGCCAAACUGCUGAGCUGUCGAGAUCUAGGAUUCUUGAUGGGUGCAUCGUGUGGGGGAGGAAACAUGAAAAUAGAUCCUGCAGAAUACGAGAACAAGGGCCUCCGCCCCAGACAUGCGUACUCUAUACUGGACGUGAAGGUGGUCAAGGAAAACAAAUUGAUUCGGCUGCGGAACCCCUGGGGUCGGUUCUCCUGGAAGGGGGACUGGUCGGACAGCUCCCCACUAUGGAACACAAUCGGCAGCUCAGUCCGACAGGAGCUGAUGGUCCAUGGUGAAACGGAGGGGGUCUUCUGGAUGUCAUUCGAAGAUCUACUCAGGUACUUCGAUAGUGUAGAUGUGUGCAAGAUCCGUCCCAACUGGCGCGAGUCCCGUCUGGCUGCAGAGUUCCCAAGUGACGCGUCGCAGCCCAUGAGUGUUGUGAAGUUGACGGUGUUCCACACAACGGAGGUGGAGCUGGGGCUGUUCCAGGAGGGUGUCAGAGGGAAUGACAACUCGGCUAAAUCUCCUCUCGACCUGUUCAUCCUGGUACUCCAAGAGUCCAAGCAUCCCAACUUCUCUGUGGGCAAACUGAUUGGCCACAGUCAGAGACAACUGCGAUGUUUCAUUGGCUGUAACCUUAUGCUGGAGCCGGGAGAGUAUGUCGUCCUCUGUCUGGCCUUCAGUCACUGGACAACAGUCCCCGGCACCCGGGUCAGCCACCGCUACGUGUUGUCAGUGCACAGCUCCAAGGCCCUGAUGGUAGACCAGAUCAACACAUUCCGCAACAGGCAGUACGAGAACGUCCUGGCCGAUGCUCUCAUCCAGCUAGCUGUUGCCAAGGGAACAAAGGAGGAGGUUCGGAAAGGCAUCACAGUUUACAGCCUCCUCAACGGAUGGGCCGGGGGAAUAUUUGUUGCUGAGAAUCGUAUGCCGGGCAACAAUGUAGUAAUGUGGUGUGACUGCACGGAGAGCUCUAACGUUGUCAGCACAAGGGGCUCACUGAUCAGCAAGGAUGUGAUCCCACCACUACAUAGACAAGUCUUGAUGGUGUUGUCGCACCUGGAGAGGUCCCAGAUGUACCACCUGUCUAGAUGUCUCAAGCAUCGCAUGACAAACCCCAGUUUUGGACUAGGAGACUGGGGUCCCACCCCCCACAGCCAGCACGAACCCAGCCUCAUUCCCCCCGUCGAGGCUCUGCACAUUCCUCGACCUCUCUGAUCUUGGGGUCACACCAACAGUCGUGGACCAACAAGUUCCCUAACCAGAGGAGGGACAUUAUUGUGAUAAACACUCCAGGCUCUAUGGUGGGCAACACCACCAGAAGACUGUCCUACUGUGGACCUCUAUACUUACCAGGGCUCCACUGGGGCUCCACAGGGGCCCCACAAAGAGCUGUGUUGUGUGAAUGGUUAGCUAAUGUGCAAAUGUGAAAGGGUUAUACUUUAAAAACAUAUCAAGUAAAGGCAAAAAUAGGCUUUUACGCCAUCCUUGUUUUUUACUGCAGUACUCCCUAGAGUUCACACACAAGAAUUAUUGUGCAGGUCAUUUCUCUUACACUGAAGCAAUAGGGACAUUUCAGUGACGCUAGAAAGUGUAACUGGAGUUGCUAUACAGUGUACUCAAUUAAACAUUUGGAUUAAAGAAGGAACAGUUUCAAAAUGUAUUUGUUUCAUGGUUUCAGAUUGGUUUGUUUUCUAGGAUUGUCAUCCAAAAUAUCCCAAAGAUAUUUCAAAAUGGUAAAGAUAAUGUUUUAUCAAGAGUUGAUGAAAUCGUGCUAACAAUUUACCUUUGAGCUACUGGGGUUACUCCUUAAGAUAUGUGUGAUUAUUCCAGUACUCCUCUGCUGCAGGUUUAAGGAGUGUGUACUCCUCAGGUUGAAAAAUGAACUGCUAAAUUCUUACUCCCCUUUGUAAAUGCCAGUUAUUGUUCUAUUAUUUCUGUGUGAGCUUGUUAGCCUCUGUAUAGAUGUGUGUGAUAAACAAACAUCCUGAGGUAGUACUGAUCAAAUCAUCAUCUUGAACGUGUCGAUGAUACAUGUUGAAUAUUUUGAAACCAUAACGCGUUGUGCAUCCCGGUACAGUCAGACUGUUUGUUAUGGAUCUCAGGCCCCCUGUAUCUGUACACACACCUGUUUCUGGCAAUAUACUACUCAAUGUUUGCGAGGGGUUCAUAUAUUUCAUUCUAUUUACACAUAUUUAACAACUGUUUUCAGCUAUUUUUGUAUCUUUGAAUAAUAUGAAUAUCCCUAUAAGAAGUUGGAGCUGUGAGGUAGGCCAGUGAUAAUGGUCCUCUGCUGAAGACCUGCUUCCCAUGUUGUGAAGCCAGUACUUCGUGUCCCGUGUUGUGAUAUUGCUCUACAACCAGCUACUUGACAUCCCACCUACCUUGCAUUAUCCUGCUUUUCAACAAUAUCAUGGAAAAAGUGGUUCCAAACAUUGUACCCAUAUGGGGAAUCGAACCCGGGCCUUUGGACGAGUGAACCCUUAACCACUAGGCUACCCUACAGCCCCUAUAAACAAUUGAGUAUUAUGGUUAAAAGACUUCUAAAUACCACAUUUUUCAAAAUAAUUCUGUUUUAAAAACAUUAACCCAGGCCUCUAUUGUUAUCACGAGUCACUUCCUGAGGACUGUUGCUGUGAAUACCAACAUGCAGUUGUAUGGGGAAAUAGAGGAACCUAUUUAUUGAGGGAAUUCUGAUCAGAAAGCAAAUUUCCAUUUUCCUGUCUCUCAGAUUUGGGCUCUGUCCCUGUCCCAGGUCAUAACCACGUGUACAUGUUUAUACAGUUUGGGGUUGCCGAGGUCGUGAUGGAUCCUCCGUGACAAACUGUACUGCUGUUAAUGAUCUUUCAGACAACAGGAAUUUAUAGCCAGACAUGAAGAAUGGCUGCAGUACUUUGGUAAUGAAGCUUGAUAUAUUUCAUAUAAAUAUGAAUCCCAGUAUUUCAAAAUGAAGCAUGGUCGUCAAGGGGUCAUGGUGAUGACCCUUAUGUUUAGAAUGGAACACAAAAGGGUUAUUUCAUUCUUAAUUCAUAGCAACCGGCAAAGACAAGACCCAAUAGAUUUUGAAAACUAUAUGUUGGAGGAUAUGUGUGUCAUGAAACCUGCUGUUUCUGAUGCUGUUCCAGUAAGCGAUCUAAGCGCUACGACUGUCAUAUGUCAGUGCUAUAGAACAUAGUUACGAUCAUCUUGGCGGUAAGAUCGCAUUGUGGAACAGUUCAAGGAUGGCCAUGAAUUCCUGUUGUAUGGAUGUUAUUGUAUGUUCGAAUGAUUUAUAGGCAUUGUUACAAUAUAUAAGUUUUUAGUGAUCUAUCAUCAUCAUAAAUCAUGCGUCCCUUGUUGAAGAUGUACUUCAUCUUUUUGUGAUAAGAUCUCUUGCAAUAUUUUUUGGUUUUUAACUUUUUUUCUUUCAUAAGUCUCUGUUUACAAAUAUAUAACUACCGACAACACAUUUCAUGUAAUCAGUAAGUGGUUUGUUUGUCAACACAGACAUUGGGAGACACAUGUUGUUUAAACUUCAAGGUUUAAUGAUUCAUUGAACCAUCAAUGCAUUGAAUUUAACCAAUCACCACCUGUCAAUAAAACCACAAGAUUGACCAAUCAGAAA